AUGACCCGAAUCCAGCAGGAGAGUCGGUUCCGCGACCAAAGUAUUCCAACUUUCCGCGGUUUCAAGUGGAUCUUUUUAGCGCCAUCGGCUGACUCGCUCACGUCGGAUCGGGGAACGCUUUGGCGUCCGAAGGAUCUGGCGCACAUUCGGCGCAACUGGAAGAGGAGCAAAAUGAUCUCCUGCGUCCCUCCCGAAACCUUCGGGACCGUCCCGGGGGCCGAGGUGCUCCGCGAGCGGGCCGGCACCGACGUGCGCGCCGCCCUGGACGGGCCCCCCCACCGGCACUCGGAGAACGCCCGCCGCUGGCUGGAGCAGUACCGCGUCGGCUGGCUGGACGGCCCCUCGCAGGACGGUCUUGAAACAUCGACCUCUGAUAGCUACGCAGCAGCAACAACAGCCGACACGACGGAUCUGAAAUGUAAAAUGAUGGAUGCAGACACGGACCUGGUGGACUGGAGCAAACCUUUGCUGUGGCAGGUGGGCCAUUUACGGGAGAAGUACGACGAAUGGAUACACCAGCCGGUGGAUCGGCCCAUCCGCUUGUUCCAGUCCGAGCUCAUCGAGUCCCUCUCCAAAACAGCAUGGUAUAUGGUCUGUGUGGUUUGGAUCCCAGUGGUGCUCGGUUUCAGCUGGUAUUCCUACACGUCUCUCGCUCAGGGCGAAACACGGCUGUUUUCUUCAUUUACUACAGCUUAUUCCAUCCACAUCCACAAAUACUAUUUCCCGGUGCUCUUUAUCGUGGGGAUGUGUGUCUGGUCCUUCCUGGAAUAUUUAAUCCAUCGCUUUAUCUUUCACAUGAAGCCGCCGGCCAGCAAUUACUAUCUCAUCACCUUGCAUUUUAUCCUGCACGGCCAGCAUCAUAAACUUUUUGCUGUCAUCCGCGGGACUCUGCAGAACCGAAAAACUGGGAGGGAUGUAUGCACCCGAGAAGGUGGCCGAACCGAGAGGAAGGCCUCUCCUGGUGAUCUUAACAGUCAAGCAAACUCCACAACCAUUCGUAACGGCUACCAAAGGACCAGCUCCGGAGACACUCCCGUGGGCUGUCUCGAGGUCACUGCCUUGAGGACCCGAGGAACUCUCAGCCUUCCAGAGCUGUGGGUCACCUUUGCUGGUGGAGAUUCUGGGGAGACCUGGUGA